AUGAAAGGAGACGGGGAUGCUGGCGAACAGGCCCCCCUUAAUCCUGAGGCUGGAGAGAGCCCUGGGGGUUCAGCCACUUACCGGGACUUUGUGCACCGAGGCUACCUGGAUCUCAUGGGAGCCAGCCAGCACUCACUGCGGGCCCUUAGCUGGCGCCGCCUCUACCUCAGCCGAGCCAAACUCAAGGCCUCCAGCCGAACAUCUGCCCUGCUCUCCGGCUUUGCCAUGGUGGCCAUGGUGGAGGUCCAACUAGAGACCAACCACGACUACCCCCCUGGGCUGCUGGUGGCCUUUAGUGCCUGUACCACCGUGCUGGUGGCUGUCCACCUCUUCGCCCUCAUGGUGUCCACCUGCCUGCUGCCCCACAUUGAGGCCGUCAGCAACAUUCACAACCUCAAUUCUGUCCACCAGUCUCCCCAUCAGCGGCUCCACCGCUAUGUGGAGCUAGCCUGGGGGUUUUCUACAGCCUUGGGAACUUUCCUCUUUCUAGCUGAAGUGGUCUUGGUUGGAUGGGUAAAGUUCAUGCCCAUUGGGGGGCCAACGGUGGCCCCUGUGCCUGAGAUCCCUCCCUCCUUGGCCUCGAGAGGCCCUGGGAGCUCUUUACCUGCUUCACCAACCUCCAUGGGCCCAAGUCCUGGACUAUCUCUGACAGAGCCAGUGGUUCCCUUGAGUCCCCCAACUGGGACCUCAGCUUCAGGGAUGCCACCCAGGGAUGGGCCCUCAGCUGUGACCUGCUCCCCCCAACAGAGAUGUGAAGAGCCAGUGACCUCAUCACAUGGGCCUGGCUGGCAUGCUGCUAUGGCCUCAACAGUGAUCAUGGUACCCGUAGGCUUGGUGUUUGUUGCCUUUGCCCUCCAUUUCUACCGAUCCUUGGUUGCUCACAAAACAGACCGGCACAGGCAAGAGUUGGAAGAGCUGAGCCGCCUCCAGGGAGAACUGCAGGCUGUGUGAAAUGAAGGUGGAAGCAAAUAGAAGAUGCAGCAACAGCAGUAUCCCCAGCAAUAGAACCACAGGGUAUUCUCAAGGUAGGCCCAGGAAGGAACUCCUUGGCACCCUGACCCAGGUCCACAUCCCCCCUGCCAGGAGUCCUGGGCCAAGAGAAGGAGCCCUGCACCAACUGUCUGUACACAAAGUGGAAGAAUGCAUCAGGUAGAAGGACCUGAUUUCCUCCUCUUCCCUGUAGUGCAGGGAAUAGUUGGGAGGGUCAGGUCAGACUGGCCUUUAAGGAAGAUCCCAGAGACACACUAUGUGUAUACCUCACCAACAUCUGUCUAGCUUUCUUUAAGCUAAGCUCCUCCUUUGCCUUCCCUUUUCUAUAGAGCCUACUAUGAUGAGACUUGGUACAUUCUGAAACCCUCCUCACAAAGGCAUCCUGUUUGGAACAGUAUAUAUUUGAACCACAGUGAUUUUCGUAUCACUGAGAAUUUACUGGUGGCAGCUCUGCCCAUUUGGGUAUUGCCUCCUCCUAUGUCUCUCCCCCAGAUUUAUGCUUCCUGGAGGAAUUCUCAAAGCCAGAGCUGACUUCCCAGAAGAAUCCCCCAAGUAGGAUUACCUAAGUUCAGUUUUGGUUCUACCUCUUGAGUUCCAGGGCCAUGGAGUUGGGUGGGUUCUCCUUAAGGCAUAGGACUUGUUUCCCUUCCUCACCCCUUUGAGAUAUUAGUUACCUUUCCACUUGGGUAGGUUCUCCUAUGCUGACCUACAAUUUUUAUAUUUUAUUUCCAAGUUCUUAGGAGCCUUAGAGAUAGAUCAUAGAUCACACGUUUCCUCCAAAUUUGAGGCCCCACUCCUAUUAUCUCUUUAUUUUAAGUACUACCCCAUGGCUCUGAAGCAUCCGAAGAAAUUGCCUUAACUACAAACCUAGCUGUUUUUCCUGGACUUUGUGCCAAUAUCACCUGUCCCUCUCAAAAUUCCAUCCUUCCCUCCCCCUCGCCAGGGUAGGAACAGGGAAGAAGGGCUGGUAAAAGGGAGAGAGAUGGGCUUCCAUGGAGAAGGUUCUGUCGAAAUCCUGACAAUCAUAUCCCACAUAAGUUUUGCCUCACCUUAAGAGCCCCAGGGAGCUGUGACCUUCCUCUUCAGUGAUAGGAGAUCAACUCUGACACUGAAUUUUCACUGUACCUUUCUUUUGUACAAUAAAUCUUG